AUGAAUAAUAGUAGCACGUCGUUACUUACAGUUUCAGCUGCAAAUAUUACUGCUGCUAAUACGAUUACUUCAAGCCCAACUACAGCAAUUAGCAAUAAAGUUGACGAUAAUUCUGCAGCUGUAUUUGACGAUGAGCAGAUUAUUAAUGUUGUUCCUCGAAGAUCGAUGAAACAGGUGGUGAUUGAUGACACCGAUGAUGAUGAAUUAAACGAUUUUUGUGAUUAUAGUGCUGAAGAUUGUGGAAAAUCGAAAAAUAAUGGAAAAGAGUCAAAUGAAAUUUAUGCCGAAUUCUUCAUUUAUCAAAAGCGUGACAUGAAACGUUUUUCAUUGCGUCAAAAAAAGCGUGUUGAUGGUUUAUGUCGAGCAACAUCUGGAAGUAAUGGUUCUUGUCGAAGAUAUAUUGUUACAUGCCUUAUAUGUAAGGAAAAAUUUGCGUUUAUAGGCAAGAAAUCAGUAUUGGCUUAUUAUAUCUGUGAUAAUUGUUUGGAUACAGAGAAAGGAUAUUUCACUGAAUUAGAAUAUUUUUUAAUGCAAAAUUGCUUCCAAAGAAAAAUGCCAAGAACACGAUUAAAAUCUGAUGCGUCGACAAAAGUGAAAUCGCGAGAUUGUUCGCUGUGUAAGCAUCAGAGUCGACGUUUAACUUUUCGGAAUAUGCAUUGGAACUUUGAAUCUUCGAAGAUUCAAGUUCUUGGUAUGAGAAAUUGGUUAAUGACAAUAUUAAACAAAAUUUAUAGUGCUAGAAACGAGGAGAAAGAAGUGCAGAAAAUUCAAGCUUGCUGGCAAGAACUUCGGCAAAAUAUUCGACAAAUGUAUCGCGAUGGUCUUGACAAGAAUUUAUUGUCUUUAAAAGGUCGAAAAUUUGAUAUAGAAAAAAUAAAGCGAAGUGUUGCUCUAUUAUUCAAACGAGAUCCUCAUCAGUUAUAUAAACGUCUUGAAAGUAUUGGCCAUGAAUACGUAAUGAAUUUGAAGUCUGACGAUCUGUGGCAAAUCCUUGUCGCUCCUCAGGUGAUACCUGAUCUAAUCAAGUUGUAUGAAUGUGGUGCCGAUGAGGCUACUAUGGAAGUGGAGAGAGCAAAACUUUUCAUCAGAUCUUUAUUGGAUCGUUUCUCUUGUCAACAAGAAACUGUUCGCAAUAUGUCGUCAUUUCUUUCUGUUUUAGAUGACGAAUAUUUAUCUUUAUUUGGAGUAAAUUGGAAAAUUGUAAAUCAUCAUAUAUUUGAUCGAGUUAUAUAUCAAGAUGAUUUGCUUAUCAAUUAUUUACCUAACAUGGAGAAAGUUUUAAAAUGUGAAUUAAUCGUUGCUGAUGACACUGAAGAAGAGCGUAUUGCUCGUGCACGUAUUGAUGCUUCACGGACAGAUAUACCUCCUGGUGCUAUGGAACUUAUACAAAGCUUUCGUGUUUUCCACAAUCUUAUGAUUACAAGUAGAGAAAUUUUCAAAAAAGCGAGCGCUAAUUUCACUUUGUUUGUCGAACAACAAAACAUCAUUUAUCAAACAUCAGACAUCAUUUUGCGAGCUAUUGGCAACGAUUUAUAA